CUGCCCUCUUCCCGUCUCUCAGGGUAUAAAACCCUCCGCGGUAGCCGCGGGUUUCUUCUUUUGCUGGUGCCACACCUCCUUUCCCUGCAAGCGGUCCCUUUUGCCUCGUGCUGUUCGCGGAGACUGCGGAAAUGGCCUCUGGUAAAGCAUAUAUUGGGAAACCAGUUCCAGAUUUUCGUGCUACAGCAGUGGUAGAUGGCAACAUCAAAGAUAUAAAGUUAUCAGACUACAGAGGCAAAUAUGUGGUUCUGUUCUUCUACCCACUGGAUUUUACCUUUGUCUGUCCCACUGAGAUAAUAGCUUUCAACGAUCGAGUUGAGGAGUUCCGCAAGAUUAAUUGUGAGGUUAUUGCUGCUUCUGUCGACUCUCAAUUUACCCAUUUGGCUUGGACAAAUACAGCAAGAAAGGAUGGUGGCUUGGGUUCAACAAAUAUCCCACUUGUAGCAGACAUCAACCAUAACAUUUGUAAGGAUUACGGCGUGCUCAAGGAAGAGGAUGGCAUUGCAUACAGAGGCCUGUUCAUAAUAGACGAUAAAGGCAUCCUGCGACAGAUCACAGUCAAUGACCUACCUGUGGGACGUUCUGUGGAUGAGACACUGCGCCUGGUUCAAGCCUUCCAAUUUACAGACCAGCAUGGUGAAGUGUGCCCAGCUGGCUGGCAACCUGGCGGUGACACCAUCAAGCCUAAUGUGAAAGACAGCAAGCUUUUCUUUGCCAAGCAACAGUAGAUUUCUCCUUUUGUAUGCUCUAUUAAUGAAGUAAUCUGGCUUAAUGUAAAUGGAUUUGCAAUAAAUUGUCCAUAACAAAGAGUUUUGGGAGAUAGUUUGUCUAUAAAAGUAGGCUGCCGUAUAAGUAAUUGCCCAUAGAACUAGUUUAGAUGCAAAUUUCAGUUGGGCAUCUUCAUUUCUCAGUAAAAUGAUCAUUAAAGGAAGCCUGAUGU